UUCGUUGUGUCACCCCACUCCCCCCCCCCGCCAUUUAGCGGCGAAAUCGGAAGUGCCCUGACUAACGCCGUGGAGGUGCCGAGAGCGGCUCUCCGCGGAGGAGGAAUCUCCCCCCCUCGCCUGAAGCAGCUGCGGUGAAGAGGCAGGCCUUGGGGACACGAGCCCUGCCCGCCUCGCCGGUGUGACGGCAUGUUGUAAAUGUUGACUGCCCGCAGAAUUGUAGGUGAUGAUGAUGGAGGAAAGCUCUUUACCCCUGAGGAAUAUGAGGAGUACAAAAGAAAAGUAUUACCAAUUCGGUUACAGAACAGGUUGUAUGUGAGCUGGAGAUCACCAGCUGGCAUGGACUGUAAGCUUGUGGGACCAGAGACACUGUGCUUUUGUACUCACCGGUAUAAACAACACAAAACGGACUAUGAAGUGAUUCCCAAAGACCGUCCUAUUUGUGUGCCUUGUAGAGUGAGCCGUUGUCUGUGCCAGUCCUAUCACUAUGUCCCUCUAAAUGGCACACAGCCCAUCCGUUGUAGAUGCAAACACUUCGCUGAUCAGCACAGUGCAGCACCUGGAUUUUCAUGUAACUCUUGUUCCAAGUGUUCGAGCUUUCAUAGUUGCUUUACCUGUGCAUGUGGUCAGCCAACGUAUGCUCAUGAAACAGUCGUGGAAACUAAACAAGAGCGCUUAGCCCAAGGAAAGCCUGUGGGGCAGGAUGUUCCUUAUGCUGCUAUGGGAGGACUGACUGGUUUUAGUUCACUAACAGAAGGCUACAUGAGACUCGAUGACAGUGGAAUAGGGGCUCCUUCUGCUGAACUUUUAGAAUCCCCCGUUACCAGCAUGGAUCAUCCAUUUCUAAAAGCAUUUCAGGGACCUUCUAGUUCUGCUCAAACCAUCUCACAGAUAGCAGGUGGUUCUAGUGCCACAAUGCAAGUUUCUCAUGGAAAGCAUUCAGAAGAUGAUGACAUGGCUUACUUUGAAAAAAGUUAUCAAGAACGGCUGAAAAAGGAGAAGGCUGCUAAACGGAAAGAGAAAAGUCCAGUGCCACCAAAGAAGCCAUGAGAUUAAUAAAGAAAUAUUUAUUAUAUGGCACAGUGUUAGUCAUUGUAUUGAAGAGUAUUUUUCGCUGUGCCUACCUGCAUACUUGUAUUUCUUCAUUUCUUUAUUCUGCUGUUUUGUUCUAUUGCUGAAAUUAAUUAUUUUGUUGUAAUAAAAUUGGUACUUUAAUCAAUGCAUUUCUAAUCUCCAGAAUUGUUACACAGAUAUUCCUUUGAGAAUUAAAAAUCGUAUUUAGAGAUUUACAGAACUGUUAUUUAAGAUCUGAGAGAAUAACCAUGUAUUUAAGUAUUACAUUGUAGUAGGGCAAAGAAAAUAUACGUCUUAUUCUUA